GCCAUUUCCUCCUGGGGCCCUUCCGCCUCUCCCUUCCCUCCCUUACUCCCCCACGUACCCUGAGCCCUGGCCUUGCCUCACGUCCUGCUCUUUUGCAGUGCCUAGGGGAGUGGAGAAGCGAGUCAGCCAGACCCCAGUACUGACAAGGCUGCCAGGAGCUGCUGUCUCAGGAUGUCCAUCUUCAGGCUGGGUGACCAUGUAUGGCUGAACCCCACCUCUGCAAACAAAACCAGCAUUGCCAUUGGGGGCAUCGUCAAAGAAAUGAAGCCCGGCAAGAUCUUGGUUGAAGAUGACGAGGGCAAGGAACACUGGAUCCAAGCAGAAGACUUUGGCAUCCUCAGCCCCAUGCACCCCAACUCAGCCCAGGGUGUAGACGACAUGAUCCACCUGGGUGACCUGAAUGAGGCGGGCAUGGUGCACAACCUGCUUAUCCGCUACCAGCAGCACAAGAUCUAUACAUACACGGGCUCCAUCUUGGUGGCCGUGAACCCGUUCCAGGUGCUGCCCCUCUACACCCUGGAGCAGGUGCAGCUGCACUACACGCGCCACGCAGGUGAGCUGCCUCCGCAUGUCUUCACCAUCGCCAAUAGCUGCUACUUCAACAUGAAGAGGAACAAGAGGGACCAGUGCUGUAUUAUCAGCGGGGAGUCUGGGGCGGGGAAAACGGAGACCACCAAGCUCAUCCUGCAGUUCCUGGCCACCAUCAGUGGCCAGCAUUCGUGGAUUGAGCAGCAGGUCCUGGAGGCCAACCCCAUCCUGGAAGCCUUCGGAAAUGCCAAGACAAUCCGGAAUGACAACUCAAGCCGCUUCGGGAAGUACAUUGACAUCUACUUCAAUCCCAGUGGGGUGAUUGAGGGUGCGCGCAUUGAGCAGUUUCUCCUGGAGAAGUCUCGAGUCUGCCGGCAGGCCCCGGAGGAGCGGAACUACCACAUCUUCUACUGCCUGCUCAUGGGGAUGAGCGCGGAAGAGAAGGAGCUGCUGGGCCUGGGAACGCCCUCCGAGUACCACUACCUGACCAUGGGGAACUGCACCUCCUGUGAGGGGCUCGAUGAUGCAAAGGACUACGCUCACGUGCGCUCGGCCUUGAAGAUCCUCAUGUUCUCUGACUCCGAAAACUGGGACCUCAGCAAGCUGCUGGCAGCCAUUCUCCACCUGGGGAACGUGGAGUUCAUGGCUGCGGUCUUUGAGAACCUGGAUUCCUCCGAUGUGAUGGAGACACCUGCCUUUCCCACUGUGAUGAAGUUACUGGAGGUAGAGCACCAGGCACUCCGGGACUGUCUGACCAAGCACUCCAUCGUCAUCCGCGGGGAAUUUGUCACCAGGCGUCUGCACACGGCCCAGGCUGCAGCCCGGAGGGAUGCCUUUGUGAAGGGCAUCUAUGGCCACCUCUUCCUGUGGAUCGUCAAGAAGAUCAAUGCUGCGAUUUUCACCCCGCCUGCCCAGGACCCAAAAACUGUACGAAGGGCCAUCGGCCUCCUCGACAUAUUUGGCUUUGAAAAUUUCCAGAACAAUAGCUUUGAGCAGCUCUGCAUCAACUUCGCCAACGAGCAUCUGCAGCAGCUCUUUGUGCAGCACGUGUUCAGCAUGGAGCAGGAGGAAUACCGCUCAGAGAGCAUCCCCUGGGACUUCAUCCACUACACCGACAACCGGCCCACACUGGACCUGCUGGCCCUCAAGCCCCUGAGCAUCAUCUCCCUGCUGGACGAGGAGAGCCACUUCCCGCAGGGAACAGAUGCCACCAUGCUGCAAAAACUGAACAGUGUCCAUGCCAACAACAAGGCCUUCCUGCAGCCCAGGAACAUCCAUGAUGGCAGAUUCGGCAUUGUCCACUUUGCAGGCGAGGUGUACUACCAGACAGAAGGCUUCUUGGAGAAGAAUCGAGAUGUACUGAGCACAGAUAUCCUCACGCUGGUCCACUCCUCCCAAAAUACGUUCCUGAGGGAGAUCUUCAAGUUGAAGUCAGCAGACAUCAAGCUGGGCCAUGGGACCAUACGCCAGGCGAAGGCGGGGAGCCAGCUCUUCAAGUCUGCAGACUCCGGCAGGCGGCCUGCCACCUUGGCAAGCCAGUUCAGGCAAUCCCUGGACCAGCUGAUGAAAAUCCUGACCAGCUGCCAGCCCUACUUCAUCCGGUGCAUCAAACCCAAUGAGUACAAGAAGCCACUGCUCUUCGACCGGGAGCUGUGCCUGCGGCAGCUGCGCUACUCCGGCAUGAUGGAGACCGUGCACAUCCGCAAGUCCGGCUUCCCGCUCCGCUACACUUUCGAACAGUUCUCGCUAAGAUUCGGCGUCCUGCUGCCUGGCGCCGUCCGCCGGCAGCUUCGGGACAAGUUUCGACAGGUGACCCUGCGCAUCGCUGAAAUGUGGCUGGGGACAGACAAAGACUGGAAAAUGGGAAAGACCAAAAUUUUCCUGAAGGACAAUCACGACACUCUGCUGGAAGUACAGAGGAGCCAGGUGCUGGAAAAGGCAGCGAUUAGCAUCCAGAAAGUCCUGCGAGGCUACAAAUACAGGAAGGAGUUCCUGAGGCAGCGGCGGGCAGCCGUGACCCUUCAGGCCAGGUGGAGAGGCUACUACGACAGACAGAACUUCAAGCUGAUCCUCCUGGGUUUUGAGCGCCUGCAGGCCAUCACCCGGAGCCAGGUGCUGGCCAGGCAGUACCAGGCCAUGCGGCAGAGGAUGGUCCAGCUGCAGGCCCUCUGCAGGGGCUACCUGGUGCGUCUGCAAGUUCAGGCCAAGAGGAGGGCAGUGCUGGUCAUCCAGGCACAUGCCAGGGGCAUGGCUGCCCGGCGGAAACUCCAGCGGCAGAAAACCAAUGGGCUGCUGGUCACCCCCGCUGGAGAGCAGAAGGGCCAAAGUGCUCUCCCCACCAGGAAGCGCAAGUCCAUCUACGACACCGUCACCGACUCCGAGAUGGUGGAGCAAGUGUUUGGCUUCCUCCCGUCCAUGAUCGGUGGGCAGGAGGGCCAGGCUUCCCCAGGCUUCGAGGAUCUGGAAACAAAGACCCAGAAGCUGCCCGAGGUUGACCUGGACACAGUCCCCAUGCUGGAGGAACCUGGGGAGGACAUGGAUGACCUGGCUGAGUACACAUUCCCCAAGUUUGCUGCAACCUACUUCCAGAAGUCGGCCAGCCACACACACAUCCGGAGGCCCCUCCGAUCCCCGCUGCUCUACCAUGAUGACGAUGCCGACUGCUCGGCUGCCCUGGCUGUGUGGAGCAUCAUCUUGAGGUUCAUGGGUGACCUUCCAGAGCCAGUGCUGUUUGCCAGGAGCAGCCUGCGUGGCAGUGCAGUGAUGCAGCAGGCCCAUGGCGCCGUGGGCAGGGAGAGGAGUGCCCAGUCUCCACAGCACGGAGGCUCUGCACAGAGGCCCAGCCACAGGGACAGAGGGACCAAGGACAUCUCCUCCAUGAAGCUGAAGCGCUCCUCCCGGAUCACGAGCCAGGUGGCCAGCCAACUGAAUAUUGGAGAGGAGGCAUUUGAGCCGGAUGCCUCCAUCCCAGACCGACCCAUGUCCAACCUGGAAAAGGUGCACUUCGUUGUGAGACGUGCCAUCCUGCGGCCCAGCCUCAGGGAUGAGAUUUACUGCCAGAUCUGCAAGCAACUGUCAGAGAACUUCAAAACAAGCAGCCUGGCCCGGGGCUGGAUCCUGCUAAGCCUCUGCCUGGGCUGCUUCCCACCCUCCGAGAGGUUCAUGAAGUAUCUGCUGAACUUCAUUGGUAAAGGGCCGGCCGGCUAUGGGCCCUUCUGUGCUGAGCGCCUGAGACGCACCUAUGCCAAUGGGGUGCGCACAGAGCCCCCCACCUGGCUGGAGUUGCAGGCUGUCAAGUCAAAGAAGCACAUCCCGGUGCACGUCAUCCUGGCGACUGGAGAGAGCCUGACUGUCCCGGUGGACUCAGCUUCGACGUCUCGGGAGGUCUGCUUGCACACUGCCCGCAAGCGGGGCCUCAGCGACCACCUGGGCUUUUCCCUGCAGGUUGCUGUGUACGACAAGUUCUGGUCCCUGGGCAGUGGACGCGACCAUGUGAUGGACGCCAUUGGCCAGUGCGAGCAGCUGGCCCGGGAGAGGGGUGAGAGUGAACGCCAGUCGCCCUGGCGCCUCUACUUCCGGAAGGAGUUCUUUGCCCCCUGGCACGACUCCCAGGAAGACCCUGUCAGCACUGAGCUCAUUUACCGCCAAGUCCUCCAGGGAGUCAGGUCCAGCGAGUACAGCUUCGAGAAGGAGGAAGAGCUGGUGGGGCUGCUGGCCCAGCACUGCUACGUGCAGCUCGGAGCCUCGGUGGGGACAGAAGCUGUCCGGGAGUUGCUGGCCAGCUGUAUCCCCGCCAAGCUGUACAGGACCAAGCCCCCAGAGAAGUGGGUUAGCCUUGUCACUGCUGCCCACGCCAAGGCACCAUACACGCAGAAGCGAGCAGUGCCGGGGGCUGUGCAGGAGCAGGUAGUGGACACUGCCCGCCUGCAGUGGCCACUCCUCUUCUCCCGACUCUUUGAAGUCACCACCUUCUCUGGCCCCCAGCUGCCUAAGACUCAGCUGAUCUUGGCUGUGAACUGGAAGGGGCUGUACUUCCUGGACCAGAGAGAAAGGAUGCUCCUUGAACUCUCUUUCCCAGAGGUCAUGAGUCUGAUCACCAACAGGGCGGCCCAGGGCGGGCAGAGGCUGCUGCUGUCCACACUGCACGGAGAGGAGUACGAGUUCAUGUCCUCCAGCAGUGUGGCCAUUGCCGAGCUGGUGGCCUUGUUUCUGGAGGGCUUGAAGGAGAGGUCUAUCUUUGCCAUGGCCCUGCAGGACCGGAAGGCCACAGGUGACGUUACCCUCCUGCCCUUCAAGAAGGGGGACCUGGUGAUCCUGACGAAGAAGCAGGGGCUGUUGGCUUCUGAGAGCUGGACCCUGGGCCAGAACGACAGGACGGGCAGCACGGGGCUUGUGCCCACCUCCUGUCUCUAUGCCAUCCCGACAGUCACCAAACCCUCGGCGCAGCUGCUGAGCUUGCUGGCCAUGUCACCAGAGAAGCGGAAGUUGGCAGCCCAGGAAGGGCGACCAGCAGAGCCACCACCUGAGGAGCAGACCAAGGAGAAGCCGCACACCCUGGAGGAGUUCUCCUACGAGUCUUUCAGGGCCCCGGAGAACGAGACGGUCAGCAGAGCCAUGUUCCCCCUGACCCGGUCCCGGGGCCACCUAUGGGCCCACUCCCCUGAGCCACUGCGGCAGCCUCUGCUCAAGCGUGUCCACACCGAUGCUGAGCUUCGGGACGCUGCCUGUCAGAUCUUCAUCGCCAUCCUAAGGUACAUGGGCGACUACCCAUCUCGGCAGGCCUGGGCCUCCGUGGAGCUCACCGACCAGAUCUUCUCGUUAGCCCUGCAGGACACGGCCCUGCAGGAUGAGGUCUACUGCCAGAUCCUGAAGCAGCUGACACACAAUAGCAAGAGGUACAGCGAGGAACGGGGCUGGCAGCUUCUGUGGCUCUGCACUGGUCUCUUUCCGCCUGGCAAGGCUCUGCUGCCCCACACCCAGAAGUUCAUAGACACGAGGAGGGAGAAGCCGCUGGCCCCUGACUGUAGUCGCCGCAUCCAGAGGGUCCUGAGGACAGGACCCCGGAAGCAGCCCCCACACCAGGUGGAGGUGGAGGCCGCCGAGCAGAGCAUCUCCCGAAUCUGCCACAAGAUCUGUCUCCCCAAUGACACCAGCGAGAUGCUGGAAGUGGGCUCCCACACCCGGGUGCAGGAGGUGUGCCAGAGCAUUGCCACUAGACUGCAGCUGGCCUCCUGGGAAGGCUGCAGCCUCUUCACCAAGAUCGUGGACAAGGUCAUCAGCCAGAAGGAGGGCGACUUCUUCUUCGACUCCUUGCGGCAGGUGUCUGACUGGGUGAAGAAGAGCAAGCCCCAGAAAGAAGGGGCCCCGGUGAUGCUCCCCUACCAGGUGUACUUCAUGCGGAAAUUGUGGCUCAAUGUGGCCCCAGGGAAGGACAUAAAUGCAGACACCAUACUCCAUUACCACCAGGAGCUGCCCAAGUACCUGCGUGGGUUCCACAAAUGUUCGAAGGAGGACGCCAUCCACCUGGCGGGACUCAUCUAUAAGGCCCGGUUUGGCAACGACCAGCCCCAGCCAGCCAGUGUCCCCAAGGUCCUGAGCGAACUUGUGCCAGAGAAUCUCACCCGCCUGAUGUCCUCGGAGGAAUGGAAAAAGAGCAUCCUUCUAGCCUGUGACAAGCAUAAGGACAGGACGGUGGAAGAGGCCAAAGUGGCCUUCCUGAAGUGGAUCUGCCGGUGGCCCACCUUCGGGUCUGCCUUCUUCGAGGUGAAGCAAAGCUCGGAGCCCUCCUACCCGGACAUCAUCCUCAUCGCCAUCAAUCGCCAUGGGGUCCUGCUCAUCCACCCCAAGACCAAGGAGCUGCUCACCACCUACCCCUUCACCAAGAUCGCCAACUGGAGCAGUGGCAGCACCUACUUCCACAUGGCACUGGGCAGCCUGGGCCAGGGCAGCCGCUUGCUGUGUGAGACCUCUCUGGGCUACAAGAUGGAUGACCUGUUGACCUCGUAUGUGCAGCAGCUCCUGAGUGCCGUGAACAAGCAGCGGGGCGCCCGCACCUCAGCCCUGGCCGAUUCCUAGCAGAGCAGUGGGGGCUCACUGCCCACACAGCCACCCUUCCCAGUCUGGGGUUCUCCGUUUGGCCCAGGGACUGCCCUCUGCAGGCAGCCUUUCAUGCUGCCUUCUCCCCAAAACACACACCCCCAGCACCGCAGGCAGGCCCCCUACCCCAGGUGCUCACCUCGAGA